GCGGCGGCCCGGGCUCGGGCUGUCGGGGAAGCUGCUGAGCUGUGAUGGUGAUGACGAGGUGAAAAUGGCGGAUCUUUCGAAAUACAAUCCCGGCCCCUGACAUACCAGAGGCGGCGGCGGCGGCGGCGUCGCCACCCGGGCUCCCUCCUCGGCCCCCGGGUCCCCUGUAGCGCUCGAGUUCGGGCAGACUGGGAAAGGAAGCGGCUGGCCGGAGCUACCGUGCACAGGCAAAACAAGCACCGCCCGGGCUCGGAAUUGCCCGGGACCUUCUGGAGCCCCCACCUCGGAGCCGGAGGGAGGAGAAAGCGGCAGCCGCUGGAGCGCCUGAUCAACUUUCUAGCUGGAGAACGAUCAUGGAGGUGGUGCCAGCUGAGGUGAAUAGUUUGCUUCCAGAGGAGAUAAUGGACACUGGUAUAACUUUAGUGGAUGAUGAUAGUAUUGAGGCUGUUAUUGUUUCAUCCCCAAUUCCCAUGGAGACAGAACUGGAAGAAAUUGUCAACAUAAAUUCUACUGGUGACUCUACAGCCACGCCCAUUUCCACGGAACCAAUCACAGUGUACAGUAACCACACUAACCAAGUUGCAGUGAAUACCACAAUUACUAAAGCAGAUUCUAAUACCACAGUGAAACCAGCUUUUCCAAGUGGCCUUCAAAAACUUGGUGCUCAGACUCCUGUGACUAUAUCAGCCAAUCAGAUUAUUUUAAACAAAGUAUCACAGACAUCAGAUCUUAAACUUGGCAAUCAGACCCUUAAACCAGAUGGACAGAAGUUAAUUUUAACAACUUUGGGCAAGUCUGGUUCACCAAUUGUUUUAGCACUACCCCAUAGCCAACUACCCCAGGCUCAGAAAGUUACAACUCAGGCCCAGUCAGGAGAUGCUAAGUUACCACCGCAGCAAAUUAAAGUAGUUACCAUUGGAGGGAGGCCAGAGGUGAAACCUGUCAUUGGUGUCUCAGCAUUGACCCCAGGAAGUCAACUGAUUAAUACAACAACUCAGCCCUCUGUGUUACAGACCCAACAGUUAAAAACAGUACAGAUUGCUAAGAAGCCUCGAACACCAACCUCUGGUCCAGUAAUCACGAAGCUGAUCUUUGCAAAACCAAUUAAUAGUAAAGCAGUUACAGGACAGACAACUCAAGUAUCACCACCAGUCAUUGCAGGUAGGGUUCUUUCACAGUCUACUCCCGGGACUCCAUCAAAGACCAUAACAAUAUCUGAAAGUGGUGUUAUUGGAUCAACUUUAAAUUCUACAACACAGACACCAAAUAAAAUAGCCAUCUCACCUUUGAAAUCGCCAAAUAAGGCAGUGAAAUCAGCUGUGCAGACCAUCACUGUUGGAGGCGUGAGCACAUCACAGUUUAAGACAAUUAUUCCUCUGGCAACUGCUCCCAAUGUCCAGCAGAUUCAAGUGCCUGGAAGCAAGUUUCAUUAUGUCCGACUUGUUACUGCCACAACAGCCAGUAGCUCCACCCAGCCAGUUAGUCAGAAUCCCAGUACAAACACUCAACCUCUCCAGCAAGCAAAGCCAGUGGUUGUUAAUACCACUCCCGUGCGGAUGUCAGUUCCUCUUGUCUCCGCGCAGACUGUCAAACAGGUUGUUCCCAAACCGAUCAAUCCCACUUCACAAAUAGUUACCACCAGCCAGCCACAGCAGCGGCUCAUCAUGCCUGCCACACCACUGCCACAGAUCCAGCCAAACCUCACUAACCUGCCACCAGGCACCGUGCUGGCCCCGGCUCCGGGGACAGGGAAUGUGGGCUACGCAGUGCUUCCAGCUCAGUAUGUUACUCAGCUACAGCAGUCUUCAUAUGUGUCUAUAGCAAGCAACUCAAACUUCACCGGAACACCUGGUAUCCAGACCCAGGCAAGGCUUCCAUUCAAUGGCAUAAUACCAUCAGAGUCUGCCAGUCGGCCCAGGAAGCCCUGUAAUUGUACAAAAUCGCUGUGUUUGAAAUUAUAUUGUGAUUGCUUUGCAAAUGGUGAAUUUUGCAACAACUGCAACUGUACUAAUUGUUAUAAUAAUUUGGAACAUGAAAAUGAAAGGCAAAAAGCAAUAAAGGCAUGCCUUGACAGAAAUCCAGAAGCUUUUAAACCUAAGAUAGGGAAAGGAAAGGAGGGAGAAUCAGAUCGACGUCACAGCAAAGGAUGUAAUUGCAAACGAUCAGGAUGUCUUAAAAACUACUGUGAAUGCUAUGAGGCAAAAAUAAUGUGUUCCUCAAUAUGCAAAUGUGUUGGCUGUAAGAAUUUUGAAGAAAGCCCAGAACGAAAGACACUGAUGCACUUGGCAGACGCAGCUGAAGUAAGGGUACAGCAACAGACGGCAGCGAAAACUAAGUUAUCUUCUCAAAUUUCGGACUUGCUUACUAGGCCAACACCGGCUUUGAAUAGUGGAGGAGGAAAAUUGCCAUUUACAUUUGUAACUAAGGAAGUAGCGGAAGCCACAUGUAAUUGCCUUCUUGCCCAGGCAGAGCAGGCAGACAAGAAGGGAAAAUCAAAGGCAGCAGCCGAACGGAUGAUACUGGAGGAAUUCGGACGAUGUUUGAUGAGCGUCAUCAAUUCUGCAGGCAAAGCAAAAAGUGACCCUUGUGCCAUGAAUUGCUAACUCUUGCACAAAAGACUGAUAAAUGGAACUGUACAGAAAAUUGAAGGUCCAGGGACACUUGAUUUUCUGGAAGAUAAUUUAACAAUGAUUGUACUGUUAAUUCAGUCCUUGUGUGACCUGAAGUUAUAAUAUUGAAAGAAGAAAUUUUAAGUGAGGAAAUUAGUACAUUUUAAAUCUUAGUUAAAUCUGUUUAUGCCCCUUCUAAAUUGAGUUUUUCUUUAUUGUAUUAUAUAGAUUUUUAAUUUGCAUGGGUUUCUUAAGAAUUAGAUGUUCUAUCCAUCUGAUGCUGUUGACAAAGGACAUUUAUAAAUUAAUAUAAUUUAUAAUGUAUGGCGUUGUAGGACUUUGCUCCAGUAGAAAAAGCCAGAGAACCAUUGGUAUUACCCAGUCAUUCUUUGGCACUAGACCUAAGCAGAUAGAAUGUCUACAUAAACAAAUUCUUAUGAAACAUAUUCAAAUGACAUUUUUGUGUUUAGAAAAGCACUACCUUUUUAAGAAAAAACUUUUUAGCACAGAUUCUGGAAUAAUAUCGUGUUGUCACUUUGGGAAUGUCAGAAGGGGAAGGAAUCCAUAGGCAUACUUUUAAAAUUAAGAAGUUGUUUUUUAAGAAAAACUGUUAAGGGACAGGCAGUAGUUCUUGAUAGGCAAGGUGUUUCUCUAAGAAAGAGUGACUAAGAAAUGCUCUGGGAUGUUUCCAUUUUCUUUGAAGGAGGUGCUGUGUAUUUGAAAUGAUAUUAAUAAAUUGUCAAAGUGAUUACUGGGUACUAUUAAAAGUGAGAGGUGCAUAUGAAUAGAACUUAUUAUGUAGUGAUAAUACAGAAACUUACAUAAUCAUCAGGUAUACAAUUUGACUUGGAGAAAUAAAGAACAUUGAAGCUCUAAUAAAUGAAUUGAGGGAAAGACUUUUCAUCUAUACAAUUCUCUUUAUAGACUUUUGAACUAAGAGGUCUCAAUCCAGUGUAGGAGUCUUAUUUGAUUUACUGAAAGGGCCUCCUAACAAAGCUUUCAAAAUUAUAGUGGGACUUCUUUUUAUAAGGGAAGCUUAAAAUGGCAUUAUUUUUAGCCAGUGAUUUGAUAAGCUGAAGGUAUGAGUGUUUUCUUAUUAUUACUAAAAUAACCUAAAUCAUUUUCACAAAUUCAAAAUUCAAGAGCUUUAUGAAUUUAAGAGCCUGUACGAGGACUCUGGAUUUUAUGACAAGAAAAACCAUGUUGGAAUUCAGGCAUUUUGUUAGGUACCUUAAUCCUCAGUAAUUAUUAGUAUAUGAUUAUUACAUUUCCUACAAGGAAUCUAUAGUUGUAUGUAUUAAGUGUGUAUAUAUGUUCAUAUGAACAUGCAAGAUAUAGGCAAUAGAAAUUAAGUAAUCCAAAAGAAGAUUCCGUUAUUCAUUGAAGUAUCUUCCUUUUGAAAUUUGGAUUUAUAAAAUUAUAGUGCAGUAACUUUAAAUGUAGAUAGUGCAAACAUUCUUAGCACCUCAAUCUAGUAUGUUUAAUUAAAAUUUGUAUAAAUGUAAAUUAGUGUAAGAGGAUAAAAUAUCUAAUCAAGUUAUUUUUCAAAAGAUUACAAUACCUUUUUGGUCUAAACCUAAACUUUGUUCAUUUUGUACAUAUUCUGUGUUUAAUUCUAAUUGCACCUUUGUGAUGUGUAUUUAUAUACAGUGUGCAGAAAAUGUUUGUGAAAUUUGGAUUACAAUUGUAGAUUAUGUAUGACGGCAUUGCUUGAGAAUGUUUUGCUUGUAAAAACUUGAAGGUGCAAUCAAAUGCUACUAGUUUUUCUGAUUUUCAAGAAGCUAUCUAAAGUAUUAAGACUUUCCUUCCUG